GAUGUUGUUUUGGGAGAGGAGCAUUUUAGUAGGCCAUCUUUGGUCUUUCUUCGGUGGUUUUUUGGAUGCUCUGUGCCUCUGUGGCAUAAGAUUGAAGUCUCCUCUAACUUUGUGCAGGGCGAGCGAAAGGUGUCCGUGCAACAAGGACACCCACGGGACAAGAGAGCCAAUCACAAGGGACGGGGUCGGAGCGAGGGCGGCCGCUGGCUCGUGGAACGGCGCAUUUAUCUCGCUCUGAGGAGACUUUAAUUUUAUGCGUCCCGGACUGACCCCUGGACUUGGCGUCGUGGGGUGGGUGAGGCCAUGUGCCCCCUACCGUAUGCCCAUACUGAUUGAUUGAUUGAUUGAUUACAGAUAAAGAAGAUGGAGAUGAAGAGAAGGGCCAGACAACCUGACGGAGGUUGGGGGUGGAUGGUGAUGGUUGGCUGUUUCUUUAUCAUGAUGCCUCUCACCAUGUUUUCCUUCGGCUACUCCAUCCUCUUCUCUGAUUUUCUCCUGUCCCGCGGCGCCUCCUCCACCACCAUCGCUUGGAUCUUCAACCUUCAUAUCUUUUUAUGGAACGCCAUCGGGGUGUUCACGGGGCCACUAACUAAGGAAUUUGGCUUCAGGCGCGUCAGCUUGGUUGGCUGUGGCCUUGCGACUGUUUCCGCCCUCGCCCUUGUCUUUGUGGACUCCUUGUGGGCCCUGUCCGUGUUCUUCGCUCUCGUAGGGAUGUUCGGGGGUCUCGGAUUCAAGCCAUGUUACCUUCUCCACCCAAUCUACUUUGACCGCAAGAGAGGGCUAGCCAAUAUAUUCCUGAUGGCCGGUGUGUGCAGUGCACAGUUCAUUGGUCCUCCGCUAAUCCGUCACUUCCUGGUCGAGUAUGGUCGCAAAGGGGCCACAUUACUCCUCUGCGGUAUAGUCCUACAGUGUAUAGUGGGCGCCGCCUUGUUCCAGCCUGUCGAGUGGCAUAUAAAGGUUGAUGCGGAGCAGGUUAACGACGAAGAUGAGGGACAAGAUAAGGAAAAGGUGCAUGAAGGUGAUUCAGGUGCUGCGGUGACGGAUGAGAUGAGGGCGAAGGAAGUUGGGAGACGCAAGAUGCCGGGCGUGAGCCUGUCCAGACGACCCAGUGAGGUAUCAAUGCUCUCCUUAGCGGAGUCUGAUAUCGACCUAUCUAGCAUGCCUCCUAGGAGUCGCCGAAUGUCCUAUGACCUUGAAACUACCACAGGUAACAAGAACCUCUGCAAAAACAUCAACGGCUCCUUUAGGAGCGUGCGAGGGCUGUUGCAGGUGUUUGGGAAUGUGUUGAAAUCGGUGAUAUUCGACAUGAAGAUCCUCAGGUCCCCUCGAGCCCUCAUCAUUGUGGUGGGCGGUAUGCUCUCCAUCAACGCCUAUGUAAACUUCCUCAUGACGGUGCCCUUCGCAAUCCAGGGCGCCGGUCACUGCCUCUGA